UUAUAGUUGUACUCAAUAUCACGAUAUGUUGCGUAGGUUAACUUAUAAGAAUUGUCUUUUCCUGCUUACGUUUGUUCAAAUAAAUUGUAUUUACAAAAAGCUGUAUUGCUUGUAAUUCUCUUUCGUUUGUAAGAGCAUUCUUAGUGUACUUAAAAUACAAAGUUUCAAGUUUUCCUAAUAUAUUAGUAAAAUGACUAAACCGGAACGUGGUGUAAUACAAAUUAUUUGGAAAAGUUUCGUUGGUUCUUUACGAUUAAAAGAACCAACUGCAAAAUUAAUUGGCGAGGAUUUCUAUGGAACCAAAUAUUAUGAGAGACCACACCCAACAAAUACUGUAAAAAAGAGACCGUCUCGUUAUUUCGAGCCAGUGAACAAAGAGGCUGGAUUUGAUCAGGAAAUACCUGCGGAAUGGGAGUCAUGGCUAAGGUAUCGCAGGAUGAAUCCCCCAACGAAAGAAGAACUAGAACAAAAUUAUCGCAUGGCAAUGACUAAAAAGCAAAAUGCUGCGCAAAUAGAAGCAAAAUUUGGAAAUACCAACGCCAACUUGCCGGAAUUGCCGGCUAACAAGAAAGGGCAAAGUUCAUUUCCGACGUACAAAGAGUACGAGGAAGAGUAUAAAGUUAAGGUCAAAGAAGAUAAUUAGCGGAGAUAGAAAUGACAAUUAAAUUAUAUUUAACAAAUCGAUGAAUAAAUGAUUUGACCGAAUUUAGUUAAAAAUAAAUGUAAUUAACUCGUCUGUCCAAAAGCCAAUAAAAUAUCUAA